AUGGCUGAAGGGAGUGAACAACCAAAUUUAGAACAACAAAUGACCACCAUGAUGAGGAUGUUGGAACAAAUGCGUCAAGAUGUGGACAGUCUAAUGGCACGAUCACAGAAUCAACCUAUUGAGGUGAGUAAUGCACCAAGAAAUACUGAAGCUGCAGGUUGGGUGAACCAAGUGCGUCAAGGCCGAUUACCUAGAGUUAAUAUUAGACCAAGGAGGCUAAAUGAAGUUGUUGAGCAUGAUGAGCUAGAUUUGCCACAAGAGGAGGAACUACAGGAGGAUUUGGGCAAUUUUAAGCUUGAAUUACCUAAAUUCAAUGGUGAAGGUGAUCCCGGAGAUUAUAUAGAAUGGGAAGAUGCUGUACAAAGUGUUUUUGAUUGUAAAAGAUAUAGUGAACUAACAAAAGUUAGACUAGCUAUCUCAUCUUUUAAAGGUUUUGCAGUUAUUUGGUGGAAACAACAGGAGCAAGAAAGGGAGUUCUCUCAUGAUGCACCAGUUGCUACGUGGGACAGGCUAAGGACAAUGCUUAGGCAUACGUUUCGACCUGCCACAUACUAUUUUGAGCUUGAGAAGCAACUACAUGGGAUCCAUCAAGGUAAUAAGACUGUUGAUGAAUAUUACAGGGAAAUCCAGACUUUGAAAACUCGAGCUAUGGUGCGUGAAAGUGAAGAUAGAGCGAUUGCUAGAUUCUUGCAAGGGCUCAAUCGUGACAUCUAUUGUGUAGUAAACAUGCAUCGUUACUACACCAUGGAUGAUGCCUUGUAUGCUGCUCGGCAAGCUGAGAAGACAAAUAAGGAGAUGAAGGCUUAUAGAUCUCCUGCUAGCAGUUCAAGGUGGACAACACAAAGGCCAAGUGCACCAUUGAGGCGUGAGGAUGUUCGACCAACCCGUGAACAGCCUAAGGAGGACAAUAGAGACAACGGAAAGACAAAGGUGAUUGAAGCCCCAAAACACGCUCGAGAUCGUGACCUUGUUUGUUGGAAAUGUCAAGGGCGUGGUCAUAUGGCUAGAGAUUGUCCUAAUAAGAGAAAUAUGAAAGUCUCCAAACAAAUGGAGGCUGUGGCAGCAACAAUCCAGUAUGAGUCUGAGGAGGAGGUCGAUGAACAAACUGAUGUGUUUGAGCAAGAUGAUGAGGAUGUGCUCUUACCCCUUGAUCCGACCCGUGAUGAUGAUGAUGGACAUGUUUCCAAUAAGCAUGCCUUUGUUGUCAAAAAGAUUUUGAGCGCUAAGUCCAUUCCUGAGCAAGAAGAGAGCCAAAGAGAAAACAUAUUCUACGCAAAGGGAAGGAUUCAUGGGAUGCGUUGCAGUGUCAUUAUUGAUUCAGGGAGUUGCACGAAUGUGGCUAGCGCUGCUAUGGUAAGUCAUCUUAAAUUACCUCUUAUUGAUCACCCUCAUCCAUAUAAAUUGCAAUGGCUUACUGAUUUGGGGGAGAUAAAGGUGACUAAACAAGCACUGGUGCCUUUUUCGGGGGAGAUAAAGGUGACUAAACAAGCACUGGUGCCUUUUUCUAUUGGUAAGUACAAGACUAAACAAGCACUGGUGCCUUUUUCUAUUGGUAAGUACAAUGAUGAGAUUCUAUGUGAUGUUGUACCAAUGCAAGCAACACAUGUGUUGCUUGGACGGCCAUGGCAAUAUGAUAGACAAAUCUACUUUGAUGGAGUUGCGCCAUGGCAAUAUGAUAGACAAAUCUACUUUGAUGGAGUUGCCAAUACAUACACUGUUACAUGCAAUGGUGCUAAGCAUACGCUUAGACCUUUGACCUCAAAGGAAGUAGAGGAAGAGCAACUGAGGUUGAAUAAAGCUCGCCAACCAGUCUUGAAGAAGGAGGAUACUAAAGGGAACAAAAUUGAUUCUUCCCUUUUGGAGAUAAAAACACCAUACAAAUCCAAGGAUGCAGCAAAUGGUGUGCUAAGGCAAUCUCUUCUUGCAAGCAAAAAGGAUAUUAAGCAAGCAAUAAGAAGGGGAGAUACUUUCUACUUACUUUUUUUUCAAAAAAAUGUUUUUGAUUAUGUUGAAAUUGAUAACUCUAUUAAUGACUUGCUUGCUGAAUUUGCAGAUGUUUUUCCCAAAGAGAUGCCUAAAGGAUUACCACCUAUUCGGGGAAUAGAGCAUCAAGUUGAUUUGGUUCCUGGUGCCACACUUCCAAAUCGUCCGGCUUAUAGGACAAACCCAGAGGAGGCCAAAGAGAUUCAACGACAAGUGGAAGAGCUUUUGGAGAUGGGACACAUUCGAGAAAGUUUGAGUCCAUGCGCUGUCCCAGUUCUCAUUGUUCCGAAGAAAGAUGGUACUUGGAGAAUGUGCGUUGAUUGUCGCGCAAUCAACAACAUUACGGUAAAGUAUAGAUUUCCUAUCCCAAGACUUGAUGAUAUGCUUGAUGAACUCUAUGGUGCUAAGCUCUUCAGCAAAGUAGACUUGAGGAGGGGAUACCAUCAAAUUCGAAUGAAGGAAGGAGAUGAAUGGAAAACUGCCUUCAAAACGAAACAUGGUUUGUAUGAGUGGUUGGUUAUGCCUUUUGGCCUCACCAAUGCCCCUAGCACAUUCAUGAGACUAAUGAACCAUAUUUUGAGGAGGUUUAUUGGUAUUUUUGUGGUAGUCUAUUUUGAUGAUAUUUUGAUUUAUAGUAAGUCUAAAGGUGAGCAUAUGGCACAUCUUCGACUAGUUUUUGAAGAACUACGAAAAGAGAAGUUAUAUGCUAAUCUUGAGAAGUGUUGUUUUUGUGCUGAACAUGUUGAAUUUCUUGGUUUUGUUGUGAGUUCUCAAGGCGUACAGGUUGACACACGAAAGGUGCAAGCCAUUCUUGAAUGGCCAAAUCCAACUAGUGUUAGUGAGUUGAGAAGUUUCCUUGGUUUGGCAGGAUUCUACCGCAAGUUUGUGCGUGACUUUAGCUCCAUUGCAGCACCACUCCACGAGCUCGUGAAAAAGGAUGUCAAAUUCACUUGGGGUCCAAAACAAGGGCAUGCAUUCCAAACCUUAAAGGAGAAACUCACUACUACCCCGGUUUUAGCACUACCUUGUUUUGAUAAGACUUUUGAGUUAGAGUGUGAUGCCUCAAGUAUAGGCAUAGGUGCUGUU